AUGACACAGUUAUGUCAUGCUGUGAACAAAAGUUUACUCGUGAGCUUUUGGGGUGAAAACUCACGUUCAAAAUGGUUAUCGCAAAAUAUUCUCUCGGCCUUUCCGGAGACUGCAUUCGACCAUGUGAUCAUGCUGCAUGAUAAAUCGAUAUGGACAUCUCACGAAGGUUAUCAUAAAUUCAUUUGGAUUCGGGCUUACGGUCAAUUUCGCUUGUGGUAUUUGAAACGAUUCAUCACACCCUACAUUCUUCGAGCAUACCGUUACAUAUGGGUAGUCGAUGACGAUGCCCAACUCAUAUUUAAUUCGUUACACUAUGAGUGCGUCGUGGAACGUUUAAACAUUCCACUGUCUUCUCCUGUCUAUCUGUCCGGUCCUCGCUCACACCCGAUAACAAACCUGGACAGUAAUUUUGCGCGAAAAAUUGGUCGAUGGACAGAUUUUGUCGAGACAGGAAUAGUUGUCGUAGGCUCACCACUAGCAUGGGAAUGUAUUUGGCAUCACUUAAGCUUGGCUACGGGCUUCGGCUGGGGAAUCGAUCUCAUAUGGUGUAAAACGAUCGGUGUCAAGUGUUUACCUAAAGAGCAAGAGUCACGAGCUUGUGCCAUUUUAGACACAUUUGGCAUUAAUCAUCUCUCAUCUGGCGUCACGUCUCAAGUAGAAGGUCAGCCAGAACUUGCUGAAUAUCAAACAGAGGAAUUCAAGCUGUUCCACACAAAAAUGACGAACAUCGCUGCUUUAGCAGACAACAACGAUAUAUUUGAAUCAUGUAGUAAGGAUCAGAAACACUCUUCUGCGGUUAUUGUGAGCAAAUCAUAG